UACUUAGAUGAACAAAAAGAGCACCUCAAAUGACCCAGUCGACCUUUGUCAUGGUAUACUAAAUACAUAUGUAGUAGUUUGAUUCAGCACGUGAGUAACGCGUUUGUGUUUAGGGACGUUCUUUGUAAAGUGAAUGCUAAAAACUAAGUAUGAAAAUUAUAAAAAAUAUAGGUUAAAUAAAGCAUUUCAAACAACCUUCCAUUUGGACUCCUUUCAUAUUGAAGACUCGCGCCACCGUAAGAAGCUGUGCCCGCGCGACGCGCUGACGUCACCAAAUCUUUGACAGAACUUCCUGGAGUGGGAUUUGUUGUGGGAAAUAGUCACGGUGGUGCUGAAUUGUGGGUUUCACAGCAGGCCACAUAUACGAUAGAAAAGACAGCCUACACUGCGACAUUCCGCCACCUUCAAACAUGAGGUCAUUGCAGCUCUCUGUCGGGAUCAGAUGAGACGUCGGAGGACGUGACAGCUGAGACAGAGGAAGGACGGGGUGCUUACAUUCACGCAGCAGAGCCGCCGACAGCACGGAGCUGUCGGGAUGUUGUAACCAAACCAUGGACUGCAGGAUAAAGGAGAAUCCAGAAAGAACAUUUGAUCUGGUGUUGCAAGUGGCAUGUCCAACAUCUGAGAAUGAGGAUCCAACCGUGCUGUGGAGCUUCCCCCAGGACCACACAGACCAGGAGGUCCUUCAGACGUUACCAAAGUUCUGCUUUCCCUUUGACGUUGAAAGGGUUUCCCAGAAUCAAGUGGGACAGAAUUUUACCUUUGUGCUCACGGAUAUUGACAGCAAGCAGAGGUUUGGUUUCUGUCGACUCACUCAAGGCUGCCGGGUCUGCAUAUGUCUUCUCAGUUAUCUACCGUGGUUUGAAAUCUACUACAAGCUGCUAAAUACCCUGGCAGACUAUUUAACGAAACACCAGGAAAAUGACUUGAAUGACAUGCUGAAUUCUCUGUAUGAGCUGCCUGUGCCAAAGCCUUUCACGCCCGUCAACCUGAGUGUGAAUGAGCAGUUGUAUAUUGCCACUGGGCAAGUACUGAGAGAUCAGCCAAGCAAGGAGCCGCACUCCUACUUCAUCGCCCCGGAUAUCAAUGGACUGCCAACUAUCCCUGAGAGUAGGAAUCUGACAGAGUACUUUGUGGCUGUGGACAUCAACAACAUGCUCCAACUCUAUGCCAGCAUGCUCCAUGAGCGGCGCAUCAUCAUUACCUCAAGCAAGCUCAGCACUUUAACGGCGUGUGUCCAUGGUGCGGCUGCAUUACUCUUUCCUAUGUACUGGCAGCACAUCUUCAUCCCUGUGCUGCCUCCGCAUCUUCUGGACUACUGCUGUGCCCCCAUGCCGUACUUUGUGGGAGUUCAUCUCAGUCUGUUAGAGAGAGUACGCAGUAGAUCACUGGAGGAUGUGAUCAUUCUGAAUGUGGACACAAACACCCUUGAGACUCCAUUUGAUGACCUGCACAACCUGCCGAGUGAUGUGAUGUCCUCCCUGAAGAGCAAGCUGAAGAAGCAAUCGACGGCGACAGGAAGCGGCGUGGCAAGGGCCUUCCUGAGAGCGCAGGCCGCUCUAUUUGGAUCGUACCGCGAUGCCCUCAGAUAUAAACCCGGAGAGCCAAUUACAUUCUGUGAAGAGAGCUUUGUGAACCAUCGCUCCACCACCAUGAAGAACUUCCUGUCCAUGGCUGUCAACUUACAGCUCUUUAAGCAGUUCAUCGACGGACGGUUGGCCAAAUUGAACGCAGGCCGCGGCUUCACCGACGUGUUUGAAGAAGAGAUCACCGAGGGGGGUUUCUGCGGAAGUAAUUCAAGGUCCUACCAGCAAUGGAUGCACACUGUGAAGAAAGGAGGAGCGCUGUUCAACACUGCUGUGUCAAAGGCCAAGGUUCAUGCCAAGAGAGGCAUUCGGGACAUUAAGGGCAGACUCAGAGCAAGGGAUGAAGAAGAAGAGGGGAUGACAGCCUGCGAAGGGUCUCCCACCAGCACCAAGAGCCUGUCUCCAAGGAGACUGCAGAAGAUGAGACGGCAUAACCUCAGCAAGUUUCCAAAGAGUCCUCAGGAGCUUGGCUUUGCAUUUGAUGACGAGGAACUGGACACAGCAAGCAAGCUUUCAUCUGAGGACAGUGGAGAUGUCCCUUCAUGCGCUGAUGACAGCGAUGAUUCCUACUCCUUGGAGCUGGACAUGGAUUCUUCUCAGUCAGGCCAGAUGAACCUGCUGGAGGAAAUUCUGGAUUCUCUGAAUACUACAACACUGGAUAACGGGAAGCUCAGUGCAGCCAAGAGCCUGGAUUUCUUUAGGUCCAUGGAUGACUUGGACUACAAGGCCCCUACAAAGCCCAAACCUUGCAGUGAGUCCAGCCCCGCAGGAGAAAGUGAUGCUGGAGAGGAUCCAGGAGGGUGGAACAUGGGCCAGGAUGACAGCGCUGUCCAUGGUAAACACCUUCCACCAUCCCCGAGGAGGCAACCCAACAAGAGCAGCUUGAAGGUGCCUAGGAACAUCCCAGCAGCUCCUGCAGCCCCCAGCAUCACAGCUACAACCAUGGCUCAGCACGCUGAUGUCCCCCGUCAGGCCUCGUCCCCCAAAACCCGCAAGGGUACUCACCUUCCACUUACAGGGCGAAAGCCCGGGGACCGCUUCUCCUACUCGCCUUCACUAUCCCACAGAGUUACACCCAUGUCAACGUCACCUGCUGUUUCUCACAAUUACAGUUUUGCAGCACCUAAGUCUCCCAAAAGCGGUUCCCAGUCACCAGAAGGGAGGUUGCGGACUACCUCUGAACCUCAGAACACCACAGAGACCUCUCAGAACCAGGCUGGACCCACAGGCAUCCUGAGGAGGAGAGUUCUGUCCAAAGGGACGGUAAAGAACUACCAAGAGAAGUCCCUGCAGAGACAGGGGAGCACGGGUCAGUACGACAGAAACGUGAGCCCCUCGAUAAACAGCAGAGCAGGCAUGCCGGUUCCCUGGGAGAAAGAGGCGUCCAAGGAGGGGCUUCUGGGGCUGGGGAUGUGUUUGGGUCAGAACAAAGGCACUGGGAUGGAUAUGGGGCAGGAUGCGGGCCUCCUGGAGGAGAUUGAGUCCAUGUGUUGCCUCGGCUCAGUCCAGCUCUCACAAGUCCACAGCAGCAGCAGCCAGCAGGUCCAGAGCAAAGCCACCAAUGAGUCCUGAGGAGCAUCCAGGAGUUCAUCUAACAGUCCUGUUCCAGAGAAAACUCUGACUCCAAAUGGUUCAUCUGGACUUUCAAAAAGGAGGAAAAAUUCAAAGCAGAUUUUAGUAAAAAAGAAAAAAAAUCUAGAUGGGGAACAGAAGGAGGUGAAGCGGUACACUGCAGGAUUCUCCAUUGAUGAUCCCUCGAAGUUUUCUGAAAAUUUAGAUAAUUUUGUAUAUUUUUCAAGAACUUUUCUCUUGUGUUUGUAAUAUUACAUAAACCUUUCCAGCACAUUUGUAGUGAGUUGGAGCACAGAAACGAGUGCAGAUCGAAAUAUUUCUGCACUCACUAAAGGCUCUGUUGCUCAUUUGUGCAGUUAUGAUGCUCCAAACCCCCAUUAAAAAAAACAUCUUAAAGCCACAACCCAACAACUUCAAUUACAAAAUAAUUCUUUAUAAAAUGGUGACUUUUGCAGUGUGCUUUCACUUCAGGAAUGUCCUCUCUUUGAGUAUCUGUAAUCAUGUGAACACUGCAGCCUAAAGGAAGAUGGAAAAGGAAACUUUGUGAGGAUCAAUAAGGGAAAACGGUUCUUUUUGUUCUUUUACUUGCGCUGUUUUGACUAUUUUGCAUUAGAACUUUGCACUUAAGGAUUUGGUGAAGGUACUCGUCUAUUAAUACCUGGUACUAAACGCAUAGGAUCAAAAAGCAACAGAGGAUUUUUUUUUAUGCAAAAAGUGCACACAAGCCUUUGGAAAUAAUUGCCCUCAAUACAGUAACACCUUCAAUCACUAAGCCUUACACGGACAUGUGAUUGGUUUCGGUACUCCGGUAUCUUAAUCCAUAGAUGCAGCAGGUACAUUUGAAUCACAUCGAUCCAAUUAAAGCAGUGAGUACUUUUCUGCUUCCUGUGUUUGAUUUUUCUGCUGUUUUCAUAGGGAUUCUUAUCUUUGGAGCUGCUGUUUUCUCUACUUUAAAAUCCCAGAUAUCUCAGGAUGCUCUCACUUCUUUUGUCUUACCCAUGCAACUUCAGAGCUUAAGAAAUUAGUGGUUUUAAAAAAGUUUCUGAAGUUUAGCAUAAAGAAGAAGAAAGGAUUUAUGUGAAAUAUGAAUAGGUACAUUGAACAGGAAGAACUGAGUUUAUUGCAUACAUUCUUUCUGCUUGCUUCUGUCUCAAUUUUUAUUUUUUUCCACCUUUUUGCCUUUCUGUUUCUUUUGGAAAAGCAGAGUCUGUCCUCCCAGGUUGGAGCAACACUGUAAUGCAGUGGAGUUGUUGAUGAUUGUACUGUAACAAAGCAAUAUACUGUUUUUUUCCUCAGCUAGAUGGCUGUGGUGCGUUGAGGGUCCGAGGGUCUCACACGGCAGAUUCUCCCGUGGGGAAAAGGCUUCCAAAGAUUGUAACUUCUCGUGUUUUUUUUCCCCGCGUCACCCAAAAGGACGGUGGUGGGGCCUGUGUCGAGGUUACUGCGUUUAUGGUUGGCUCUUCUUAAUGAUUUAUGCCAGACGCCCGUCAGUGCAGCAUUUUAAUUGCAGCCAUUUCUCCACUUUUUAGUGCUGCUCUGCAUUAAUGAUUGCGGUGUGCUUCUUCAGAUGAGAAUCGGCCCUUAGUGAGUCCAAAAAAAUAAAAAAAAAUGUAGCAAGGCCUCCUUCACUGUAAACACUUUACCUAACCUGUGUACUAUGCAAAGAUUUCCCAUUCGAAAAGAGUUAAAUGAUUGAAAUAUAGUUCACAGUUCUACUAGUAAAACGUAUUUUUGUGUUAAAUUAAAAAUGUGUGAGCCAAAGUCUGUCUAUAAGUGUGGUGUGCCUUAAAGAGUCGACAACAAGGUAGAGAAGUUCUCAGACAUCACAGCGGGAGGCGCUGAACGGGACAGGCGUGAACUUCAACCACAGAAUCUCACCUCAGAACAACCUUUCUUUUUGUUUUCAGCAAACCUUGAGUUUUUCUUUAGCUGGAGAUUUAGUUUUCCAGUCCUGCUGGAAUGAAGAGAAGACCUUCAGCCGUCUCUGGGUUCUUGAUGUAAAUGACCUACUUUCUUUAAUUAUACUCUGAUUGGUGUUUUUUGUUCUUUAUUUGCUCACUCUGACCUAAAUGUAUACAACAAAAAAAUCUCAGAGGAGUUUUGCUUCUUUUUGUUAUUGAUGAAAAUUUAUUUUCAACUGAUUUUGAUGUGUAUUUUUUUCUGGAGUCUAUUUUACAUAUAUAUAAUUAUGAAAUGAUGUAUGUUGCUGACACAUGGACACAAAAUUUGGCGCUUAAAAUAAAAAUGUUCAAGAUUUUAUUUUUGGAAAGAGAACAUUAAUAAAUGUCUAAUGUAGCCAUUCUUGAGUGCAGCGAGUUCAGUCCUUUCUGCAUGUUUUACUGUACUCUAUGCUUUUGCUGUUUUACUUGUGACGAUAUUCGUUCCAGUAUUUAACAUGGACUGGUGGAAUUUGACGUGUAGUCAUGUGCAAUUCUCUUUCUGCCUGGCAUUUCUGCUGUUUUUGUUACCACUGUACAUGUGUGUGUGUGUGUGAGGGGGGGGGGCUGUUUGUCUGUAAGGUUUUUAACUGAAGUUCUAAUUUUAAGUGACGUGAUAGAUGACCAUCACUGCAGGGAGGCCGAGCUCAUGGUACUGUCUAAAGCUUGUUCUACCCCAAUACCUCUUUAAUUCGGGUGUUUUAAUCAUAAUGUACCAUUUCUUUGCCUUUUUUUCUGAUUGAGCGCAAACUUGCAUGUUCUUUUUUAUAUAAUGGAACACAAGUCUCAGCUGCAGAGGUCAAUCUAGACGUGUCAUUUCCAUGAGUAACCUGCUACAACUGCACAAAUGUACGCACUGUGAACUGAAAAUAAAUGAUACUGUUUCAUGCACCCUGGA